AAUGCACGGAGAACACCCAGCAGAGGAAGGACGACAACGACGACCGGUUCCUCGCCCUGAGACCACCGGAGAAAAAACCGGACCGAAGAACCUAGAGGAAGACGCGGCCGGUUUGCACGAUCGGUGCUGGUGUUUCAGAGCCUUCCGAUAUGAAGAGGCCAAAGGACCCCGACAGCUUUGCAGCCGGCUCCACCAGCUCUGCGCUCGGUGGCUGAAACCAGAAAGGAUCACCAAAGCUAAGAUGCUGGACCUGGUGAUCCUGGAGCAGUUCCUGGCCAUCCUGCCCCUGGAGAUGAAGAGCUGGGUCCAGGAGUGUGAACCAGACACCAGUUCCCAGGCGGUGGCCUUGGCGGAGGGCUUCCUCCUGAACCAAGGAGAGGAAACAAAGCAGGCGAAAUUGCAGGGAUCCUUUGUGGGAGGGGCCUCUGAAAGUCUCAGGGCAAGAGGACAUCCAUCUCAGGAGCUAAUCUUCAACAGAAUUUCCUCAAAGGAUCCAGGUCGGAACUUCUUAACAGGAAGGAAAACAGCAUCACCUGUGUUUGCAGAAUCAGCUCCUUCCCAUAAAGCAAAAACAGCAUCUAUGCCUGUGGGUCUGACUCGUGUGUCUUUCCGAGACGUUGCUGUCUUUUUCACCAAAGAAGAGUGGGCCUUACUGGACCCCCAUCAAAAAGCUUUGCAUGGUGCGAUCAUGCUGGAGAAUUCAAGAACUGUGGCUUCUCUAGAUGAUGGGCCAGAGAAUAAGAAUAACGAGAAGGCAAGGACGCUUCCAAUGCAAACAGUUAAGAAUGAAGGACCAGACAUGUUUCAAAAUAUGUGGAGACCAGAACAAGGUGAGGACAACCAGCCAAGCGAUCGGGGUGAGCCGUUCUCAACGACUUUAAGUAUGGGAAUACAGGAUUUCCAGACCCAAGACAAUCAGAAGGGAGAGAAUUCAGGGUAUGGAGAACAAUUCAAAGAUAAACCCGAUAGAAACAAAGAUCGCCGGAUCCACACAAAAGCGAAAGCUUGUGAACGCAGAGACCGUGUAAAGAAUUACUACGGGAACUUCCCUCUGACAUUAUAUCAGAGCGUCUCCACCAAAAACAAACCGUAUCAAUGCACGGAGUGUGGAAAAACCUUCAGCCACUCCAGUUCCCUCACUUCCCAUAAAAGGAUCCACACGGGGGAGAAGCCGUACAAAUGCACCGAGUGCGGAAAAGGCUUCCGACGCAAUACCGACCUUACAUCUCACAAAAGGGUCCACACGGGCGAGAAACCCUUCAAAUGUACGGAGUGCGGAAAGAGUUUUACAAUGAGCAGCAACCUGACGUUGCAUAAAAGGAUCCACACGGGGGAGAAACCCUUUAAAUGCAUGGAGUGUGGAAAGAGCUUCAUCCAAAGGGGUCACCUCACUUGCCACAUGAGAAUCCACACCGGGGAGAAGCCGUACAUGUGCAUGGAGUGUGGAAAAACUUUCAGGUGGAGCAGUCACCUGCCUAACCACAUGAGGAUCCACACAGGGGAGAAACCGUACAGUUGCACGGACUGUGGAAGGCGCUUCAGAGACCGCAGUGCCUUUCAGGUCCAUCGAAGGAUCCACACGGGGGAAAAAUCGUUAAAGUGCACGGAAUGCGGGAAGACUUUCAGGGGCAGCACGGAUCUCACGAUCCACAAAAGGAUCCACACGGGGGAGAAACCCUACAAAUGUCUGGAGUGUGGGAAGAGCUUCAUUAGAAGCAGUCACCUGUCCUCCCAUAAAAACAUCCACCCAGGAGAGAAGCCGUUUAAAUGCCUGGAGUGCGGAAAGAGCUUUACUCAAAGCUGUUACCUCAACUACCAUAAAAGGAUCCACACGGGAGAAAAACCUUACAAAUGUCUGGAGUGUGGAAAGAGCUUCAGCAGGAGCAGUCAUCUUUCUUACCAUAGAAACAUCCACCACGGGGAGAAACCCCACAAAUGUAUGGAAUGUGGGAAAAACUUUACUCAGAGCUGUUACCGUCAGUCGCAUAAAAGUAUCGAUAUUAAGGAAAACCCAUAAAAAUCGGUAUCAAGGAAAACCCAUAAAAAUGCUAGCAGUGUUCUUGUUUUUACAUUUUUUUGUAAGCUGUCUUGAGUGGGUAUAGAAAUAGAAAGGCAUGGUAUAAAUGUAAUCAUCAAUAAAAACAAUUGCUGCCUGAAAUGAGUUAAUCUUUAUUUCUUCAGGGAUCUAUCCUGCAUGAGGCAAUCUACAUUAUAAUUGGUGGUUGGGUGUCAAGGGGGAAUUUCCCUUUUUCCCCCGCCUUUUUUUUCUGCGUGCUCCAUUUGCUGUUCUGUGAUUUACCUCAUGAUGUAGUGAUAUGCCUGAAUAUGUUAGUUACUGAAAUAUAGAGGUGAUGUCGUGUCCCACUCCUCCUCUGACGGCCGGGUCUGGAAAAU